UGCGCAGGGGGAGGGGGCAAGCUGUGCCUCUCUCAGGCCGGCUCUGGAUCGGCCACCGACAGGCGUCGAAGUGAAAACUGCAGUCCCGAGGCCUGCUCGAGCCGAGGCGGCCGAGGCCUGCCUGAUGAGCCGCGCCAGCCUAUUCUUCGAACAGCGCGGCGCGGUAUUUCUCGGCUGAAGGAAUCUGGCUUUGAGUGCCCCCGAGUAUUACUUGUCGAUGCAGUUAUCCGCGGCUCCUCGCUGCGCGUGGCUGCGCCUCCCCGAGACAUAGGUUAGAUAUGUAGACUCUCACACGCCAAGUUUAGCGCGGAUUGCAUAACGAAUACUAGUGCGUCGUGAUGCCCCGUGUGCCGCACUGCCGCACUCGCACUUCGCUGGAAGGCAUCAAGUCGGUGACGUCAGCGCGCUCUCAUUGGGUGGUUCAGCCUGGUUCAGCCUGGUUCAGCCGAGCGAGCGCUGGGGUUUGGCGGUUGAGCCCCGCUGCCCGGCGCUGCCGCUGCAAUGUGUUUGGCCGUCUUGGCGGUCUCGGCGCAGGGAAGGGCGAGAGCGCCGCGGACCGCGUGCUGCACUCGGGCAAGAUGGCGGGCGCCGGCUUCGGCAGCGACACGCACGACGUGGCCGCCGACUCGUACCGCCGCUACAAGGAGGACGUCCAGGCUGCCGCCGACCUCGGGCUCAAGCUCUACCGCUUCUCCAUCUCGUGGGCGCGCAUGAUGCCCGACGCCGUCUCCAGGAACGACCAGGCCGUGCAGCACUACCACGACGUCAUCGACGAGGUCCUCAAGCACAACAUGGUCCCUCUGGUGACGCUGUACCACUUCGACCACCCUUGGGUGCUGGAGGAGCAGUUCAAAGGAUGGCAGAGCGGCAAAAUGGUCAACUACUUCAAGGAGUACGCUCGUCUCGUCUUCACCGAGUACGGAAGUAAGGUCAAGCUGUGGGCCACCGUGAACGAGGCCAACAUGUACUGCACCUACUUCCCCCGGCUCUUCUUGAUGGCCAACCUGUACACCCAGUCCGACAUGGACCACUACGCGUGCAUGCGCAACACGGCCCUGGGCCACGCCGAGGCCUACCACCUGUUCAAGGAGCUCGGACUCGAGGGCCAGGUGGGCUUCUCGGCGGCCCUGAGCACGGCCCGGCCCAGGUCAACCCGCCCCGAGGACGUGUACGCCUCCAACGCCUUCAACCAGUUUUCCGGCGGUAUGGUGCUCGCCCCGGUCACGUACGGCGACUACCCCCAGAUCGUGAAGGAGCUAGCGGGCAGCAAGCUGCAGCCGUUCAGCCAGGCCGAGAGCGAGCGCCUCAAAGGAACCAUGGACUUCAUCGCCUUCAACGUGUACUACGGCAUGACCGCUAACUACGACGCCGACGCCACCGCCCACAGCAUCUACUUCAAAGCUCCCAUCAUCGGCCUAUACCUGCAGGACACUCCGUUCGUCAACUUGACGCUCGAGAGCGACCUGAUGGACCCGGACGCGCUGCGCACCGCGUUGCUGUGGACCUGGAACGAGUACAAGGUGCCGUUGAUCGUCUCCGAGAACGGCUACGGCGACGCUUCACAGCUGGGCACGAAGGACCGCAUUCGCGGCGUGUACUUCAGCGCUUUCCUGCGCACCCUGGUAACGACGAUGAAGGAGUACAGCAUCAAGGUGAUCGGCUACUGCGCUUGGAGUUUGAUCGACAGCUACGAGUGGAGCGCCGGCUACAGCAAGCCAUACGGGCUGGUCCACAUAGACUACGCGGGAGGCACCCAGGACCGCAGCAUGAAGGACUCGUCGCAGUUCUGGGUCGAGUUGGCCAAGACGGGGUCGAUCCCCCUCUGGGAGGACAAGGCCUCCUCCGCCACGGCGGCGAGCUCGGCCGCCUCGGCCGCCCUGCUGCUGCUGCUGGCGCUGGCGGUCAACCUCCUCUGAGUCUGAACCAAGGCAGCACUGCGGCGCUGCGGCUCAGAAACACUUCUACCCCGCACCGAGUUACCAGUCCCCGCCCGAGGGCCAAGAGAUCACAGAUUUUCACAGUGUCUCCAGCCCCGCCACGCCAUGCUAUGCCACGCCGCCCGCAGAGUCGCCGAUAGGCAACCCGCUUGACCGUCAAGCAUCAGCAAAGUGCGGCCAAGUGUUUGUGAGCUUGAACUUAAAAGGCUAGACCACAGCUGAUCCCAUGCCGGUUCGUGGUGCAGUGCAGACAGACGAUUACUCUUAAGGACCUUUGAAGCAAGCGGUGGACCGUUCUAGGUCCAAGCUGUUUCAAUUCGAGUCGAGGGGAACAGGAGCAGGGCAGUCAAACUCGGGGUCAGGGUGGACCUAAUUUUGACUCAAACCACUCUUUGUGAGUUCAUGUUGACACCAUGUUGACUGUUCUGCCCUCCCGAGACCGGUUUGUUUGAGGAAAGGAGGAAUAAGUGAGCAUAAUUUUUACUUAAAAAGAAUAAUUUAAUAUUUACAUUAAUUGUAACGAACUAAGUGACAAAGGUGCUGGCACAUGAUAAGACAAAAGACAGCAUAUUGAAGUCCAAACCACAAAACUGUUCCAAGAUUUGAGGCUGUUGAUAAGUACUGGUUACAAUACUGUGUCCAAUAGUCAUAGAAUAAAAGUCAUGACUCUAUAAAUAAAUAAAUAAAUAAAUAAGCAAA